AUGUCGCUCGGACACCACCACGCCUGGCUACCCCCUGGCCAUCUGCGCCCUCCCGACGAUCUUCAUGAUGCGCGGUCGGCCAAUGGCUAUUCCAGAUCUUUUUCCGGGGCUCGUACCCCCCAGUUGCGCGCUUCGGCCGAUGCCGACGGGCUGCACGCGGGAACUUUGAUAUCCGAUGCUGAUCUGGCAACCGACGAUGACCCACGUAUCGCCAUGUUCCGCGACCUAUACAAGCGCAGCGAGGCGCAAAUAAAUACCCUCUUUGCCAACCAGAAAUCCGCCGAGGAGGCCGCCCGCAGUGCGGUCCCCGAUGCCGAGGAGCCCCAGACUAAGGGCCAACGCGCCGAGGAGUCAGCUCCGCCUCCCGCGCCCGCCAAGAAACCCGCGAGGAAACUGGACGAUGACGACUACGACGACUACGACGACGACGACGAGGACGACGAUGAUGAUGAUGAACCCGCAUCACCUCCAAAGCCUAAGUCAUUCGGUACUUCCCAUAAUGCGAGCGGCCUCCCAUCGCCUAGUCGGCCCUCCAGUGGCUCCAUCUCGGUUGUCAUCGAAGCGCACAAGGAACCUAAGAAAGAAACCCUGGAGGAAAUCCGCAAAAAGCUAGAAGAAGAUAAAAAGGCCACCGAGGAGGCUGCCAAAAGGAGCUUUCACACCCUCUUUUACACCUUAGAGAAUGAUAGAGAUGCCAUGCUGGACCAGCAGCGGCUGGAAGAGUCCGAGCGCCAAGUCGAAGCGGAGAUGUCAGGUCAGGCCAAUGCAGGAAACAGCUCCAACCCAAACGUCAAUGGGUACGGCUCCCUGAGCAGCGCCAACCUAGGCGCUUCAAGCCUGACCCUGAAGAACUUGAUUGCGCGCAUCGACAUGAAGCGCACCAUGGUGCAGGCUUCGGACGCAGAGCUGCGGAGCCUGAUGAGCGAAGUCCGGAAGAACCGAAGCAAGUGGGCCAGUGAAGACAAGAUCGGCCAAGAAGAGCUCUACGAGGCUGCGGAGAAAGUCCUCAGUGAGCUUAAAGCAAUGACUGAACACUCGUCUGCCUUCUUGACUCGUGUCAACAAGCGCGAUGCGCCUGACUACCACACGAUUAUCAAGCACCCGAUGGAUCUCGGCACUAUGACUAAAAAGCUCAAGGCUCUGCAGUAUAAGUCGAAGCAGGAAUUCGUUGACGAUCUCUACCUAAUCUGGUCCAAUUGUUUCAAGUACAACACUAACCCCGAGCAUUUUUUGCGUAAACAUGCAUUGUAUAUGAAGAAAGAAACUGAGAAGCUCGUUCCCCUUAUCCCCGAGAUUGUGAUUAGAGAUCGGGCCGAGGUGGAAGCAGAAGAGCGACGGCUUCAACUCGCAGAAAUGGACGGUGCGGAUGAGAGUGACGAUGAGCCCAUCAUGUCGUCCCGAGGCAGAAAGGCACCUGGAAAGUCGUCUAAGAAGGGAGCUGCGCCUGUGCGAAACACUCCCAGCGGAUCGGAGCCGCCUGCGGCUCAAGCCUCUCAACCACCCGCGCCUGUACGGUCGGACUCGGACACUGUGAUGGAUGGCACCCAAAACGGAUUCGCCACGCCUCCUCCAGGCGGGACGCAAACCCCAUCUGAUCCUGCUGGUGUUGGCGCCGGUGUCCAAGGGAGUCAAGGUGAUGCUAUGGAGAUUGAUGGCUUGUUACCUUCCAGUAGCAAUACUCUGACCGCUUUACCCGCGUCCGGCGUGGAGUCAGAGGACCCCGAGUACAAGGUCUGGAAGCAGGUCACGAAAAAGGAUCGUGCUGUCAUCGCCGCGGAGCGGCAUCGUCUGUUCAAAGGCGACAAGCUCAAUCCUGAUGAGCCGGCUCUGCUUCGGACUAAGGCUGGUAUGAGACGGUGGCUGAGAAACCAAACGCAGAUCAACGCCGAGGGCGACAAGGCCCGCGAGUCUACCGCGCAGGGUUUGGACCCUGGUGCAGCGGGCGAGACCUUAGCCGAAGGAAUUGAGGUGGAUGAAGAUCGGGUCAUCCCUGAUUAUUACGACGUUAUGUCGGGUGUCCCUGACCUGCCUCCACAUCUGUCCUGGAAAGAGGAUUCCGAUGGUAAUAUCGUUGAUGCCUCUGAAGAAUUCUUGCGCGUGCUGCCGUCAGGGUCAUUCACCCAGCCGGACAGCAAACUUUCCAGAAAGAUGGACGCAAACAUGCGUCAAAUGCAGGAGACCCGGAAGGUUUGUUCAAAGAUCGGCAUCGUCAAGCAGAUGCAGCUGCAAUCCCAGAUGUAUCAAAACCAGUUUCAAAAAUACCAGCCUGAACCGUUCGUUGAACAUGAUGUCCCUGCGCACGUGAUGAACGAUGGGGGCCCGGUCAUCUCUCCGUGGGUAUGCAAGGCAGCCCUGCAGCGAUCGGUAGCCAAGGUCUUCUAUCACACCGGCUUUGAGGAGUAUCAACCGUCAGCUUUGGAUGCGGUCACGGACAUUGCAUCGGAUUUCUUCCAGAAGAUUGGCGAGACUUUAAAAUCUUACAUGGAAACACCGAAGCUUCCUGCAACCGACACACCAGAGCCCAACACGGCGCCGCAGUGGAAACGAGCGUAUACGGAGCCGGAAAUGGUCCUUCAUACGCUCUCUUCUGUUGGCGUCGAUGUCGAAAGCCUGGAGUCAUACAUCAAAGACGAUGUUGAACGACUCGGAACUAAGCUUUCCACUGCCCACGACCGUCUCCGAUCAUUGCUUUCUGAGCUUCUGCGCCCUGCCCUUGCAGAUGGCGGCGAAGAUGGCUCGAAUGCUUUUCAGGAUGGAAGCGAGCAGUUCAUUGGUGGGGACUUUGCUGAAGAUAUCGAUGAAGACUUCUUUGGAUUCAAGGAAUUGGGGCUGGACAGAGAGUUUGGCCUGGCUACCCUUAGUGUCCCGCUUCAUCUUUUGCAGAACAGGAUGUACAACGCCGCCCAGGCCCAAAAUACAAGUGCCGCACAAGCCGUGACGCUCUUUCCACCACCUCCCGCUUACCCUCGCAUCACAUCUGAGACAUUGUCUUCGCAAAUCGGCCUGGUACAAGGGUUCUUGGGUGCCAAGCUGAAGACCAAUAACAACGAACCUCUGGUCGAGGAUCUUGAGCUUCCUCCGAAACAACGACCUACCGCCUCCCGUCCUCGUCUUCCCGCAUCCGGCAAAAUCCAACCGCCCUCUGCGCCUUCAGGUGUCACCACCAGCCCUCAGAAACGACCGCUUCCUCCGUCUGCUUCGAGCCAACAACCCGCCUCUAAGCUCGGGUUGUCGGAACCCAGUAAGAAGAAGGUCAAGAAGAACAGUGGAGCCGGUAUCGGCGCCUCUGAUUCCCUUGCAGAAGGCGAUGAAACGAUACUUAGUGCGGACGGCGCGAAAGCUUCAGCCACCACGGAUGCCAAACCGAAUAUUGCCGACGAGCGUUCGGUGGAUGCUUCUGAUCCAAGUGGCAAAGGGGACAUGGAUGCCGGGCCUGACGGCAUUGGCAUGGAAGGCACUGACCAUGCUGUCCCACUAACGAAUGGAACGGCGGCUGGUGAUGCGUCAUGA